AUGCCGGAGCACCCACCACCUCCUCCGCCGAUUCCGAUUCCGGGGAGGUCAUCGGAUGAAUCUGGCGGACCGGGGGGCCCAGUGCAGACACCUCCGGCCUUUUCUAAAUUCUCACCUAACACAGCGGCUGCAAUGAUGGCAUUUCCAGCACAUAGAGACCUUUCGGAUGCGGCGCCGCCGCGGAGGCCUUCGCUACCUAUACUAAGUCUUUCAGAGAGUUUUUCUUCUACAACUACACCUCCACCUAGGGACCGUCGCUCAAUGCAUGUACCCAUGGGGAAGGGUUCACUGUCUCCAGGGUCAAAUGGCGCCGAUAGACCUGAAACCGGGAGUCGGCAAAAUCCAGAAAGCACUCCUCACGAGGAACUUGUGAAGAAAUCGUUUAGACCAUUAGAGAAUUAUUUGACCACCACCUUUGGAAGUUGUGACUGUCUAAAUGCGAGCUUUCUGAAAAGGCGCAGCGAAGGCCUGGAGCCAAAGGCUCAAGAUAUCAGAUCUACCUCACCUAGAAGGUCUAAAUCCCCAGCGAAAUCGUCAAAGGAGAUCGAUAUACCUGUUACGAAUAAAAUUGGAGAGAAAGAAACAAUUUUAUUGCAACGAGGUAGAUUCCUAGGUAAAGAGUUAAAUUCCAGUAAAAAAGAAAAAGAAAAGACAAAAAGCGUACCCGAAACCAAGACCACCGUGAGAAGUCCUGGAAUUGAUUGGGAAAGUGUGGAUGAGCUUUACGACAUGGUAAUAAAUGUUGGUGCGGAUUACAGAGAUGAAAAAACCGACUCUAGGAGCUGGGAUAGCGAGCUUAGAAAAGAUAUGGAAGAUGCUAGGGCUCACAUUGGCAGAUCCCUGUUGAAAGCUACAGAAAGUCUUUUGAAACGGCCCGGAAGGCCAUUGAAGAAGCCUGAAGAUGUUAGGUUUCUACUUAUAAUCUUAGCAAACCCUCUUUUAUAUCCGGAGUCUUCUCGUCCGGUCUCCAAGGUCCAUGGUAUGUCUUCUUCCUCAGAUCUAAGAUCCCCCCUAAAUAGUAAGGAGGAACCCGCUCUUUCGCCGGCCAAGCUAAAAAGGCAAGCUUCCACUUCGUCCAACCGGAGUGGCAAUUCAGGUGGUCCUGGUCAUCAUUCCGGAAUUAUUAAACGUAUCAUGGGAUUGAUCGGAAACCUUGAUAAUACAAUCCAUCACUAUCUUGUCUCAUGGUUCACCCGAAUGCCGGAGGUUCAGUUUCGGCGAUUAGUGGAGUUAGUAGGAAGCUUCAUCACUUACCGACUCACGAGACAGCCCGCGAGAAAAAAAACACAACAGGCAACCGGAAUGAUGGGACAAAGAAUCAAGCAGUUGCCAUAUAACGACGAUUGGCAGAUAAAGUCAGCAGCAAAAGUCAUGGCAUUAUUUUUCUCGGCAAAUAAUAACACUGCUGGCCGUCGUGGCAUGGUCCAGAACAUCAAAGAUGACGAAGAAAACAUGAAUUCUGCAGUCAUGGCAAGGCGUGAAGCGAGACGGAGAGGCCAAAUUAUUCUUACUAGCGAGUUCUACAACAUGCUUCUUGAUUACCACGACUUGAUAGCUGAUUUCGAUGUCUGGGAGUCACGUUCUUCAAAGUUUUGCUUUUGUCAGUACUCGUUUUUGUUGUCUAUGGGAUCCAAGAUACAGAUCCUUGAGCACGACGCCAAGCGACAAAUGGAAGUUCAAGCUCGGCAGGCGUUUUUCAAUAGUAUAUCUACCAGAAGAGCAGUAAAUCAAUAUCUCGUAUUGAAGGUCCGGAGAGAGUGCUUGGUUGAAGAUAGUUUGAGAGGAAUAAGUGAGGGUGCAGGUGGCAUAGAUGAUAUCAAGAAAGGGUUAAGAAUUGAAUUUAUUGGGGAGGACGGUGUAGAUGCGGGUGGAUUAAAGAAAGAGUGGUUCUUGAUGGUUGCCCGGGAUGUUUUCGAUCCUAACUACGGUAUGUUUAUCUACGACGAGGACUCUGAGUACUGUUAUUUCAACCCACACUCUUUGGAAUCCUCUGAGGAGUAUUAUCUGGUUGGUAUGCUCUUGGGACUUGCAAUCUAUAAUUCCACAAUAUUGGACGUUGCUUUGCCGCCAUACGUCUUUAAGAAGCUUCUGCACCUGACAAACAAGCACCAACUGGCAACCUCCUCUGUUCGACCUCCUUUAGUUCAGACUUUGGAAGACCUGGCAGUCUUCCGACCGGCUUUGGCAAGCGGGUUGGGUAAGCUGCUGGAGUUCGAGGGUGAUGUCGAGGCAACCUUCUGCCGGGAUUUUGUUGCAGAGUCUGAGCGAUACGGCGAAGUGAUCGUUACACCUCUUUGCCCUGGCGGGGAGAAUAGACCAGUUACCAAUGCAAAUCGGAAAGAGUUUGUCGAUCUCUAUCUGAGAUGGAUCCUGGAUACCUCUGUAGCGAGGCAAUUCGAACCUUUCAAGCGUGGAUUUUACACGGUUUGCGGGGGUAAUGCAUUAUCUCUUUUCCGACCAGAGGAGAUUGAGCUCCUUAUACGAGGCUCUGAUGAGGCGCUCGAUGUCUCUGCGAUGAAGGCCGUUGCCGUAUAUGAUGGCUGGGGAAACGCGACGCCAGCAGAUAAUGAUCCUGUAGUCAGAUGGUUCUGGAGCUUCUUUGAGAGAAUCUCACCAAAGGAACAGAGGAUGCUACUGCACUUUAUCACUGGCAGUGACAGAAUACCAGCAAUGGGAGCAACGAGCUUGAUUAUCAAAGUGGGCUGUCUAGGGCAAGAUUGCAAUAGAUUCCCUGUGGCUAGGACUUGUUUUAACCAGAUUUGCCUCUGGAGAUAUAAACGGAGGGAGAAGCUUGAGAGCAUGCUUUGGCGUGCCGUCACAGAAAGCGAAGGCUUUGGACUGAAAUGA